AUGGAAGAAAUAGAAUCUAUGUUGUAUCAUAAUAAAAAUGACAGAAUUACCAUGACCGUCAAUCAACGUCCUGAUGGAAGCAGAGCAAUGAAUGGUAUUAUUGGAGAUAAAAACUGGUAUGUUACACCCGUACCCGAUCGUCUAAGAAACUCGAUAAAUCGGUACAGAAGAUCUAGUGAUGAUAUAAAAUCUGAGCACGAGGACCAAUCCUACCAUUUUGUUUUUGAAAUACCGAAAACUCAUCGUAACACAACUCUGAUGGCUCCACUAACUCAAUCAACGAGAACAAAACGCUCUGCAGGAUCUCCUUCUAUAGUUUAUCCCGAGGUUCUUGUGAUUGUUGAUUAUAAUCUGUACCAACAGCUCGGUGGCUCUUAUCAGAAAGCUGUGCCAUAUAUAUUGAGCUUCUGGAAUGGAGUUGAUAUGAAAUAUCGCGGCCUGCAAAAUCCAAGAUAUCGUUUAAAUAUUGCGGGAAUUCUUCUUGCCGAGGAUCCGACCGCUCUUAUUUAUUUAGAACGAUCAAAAAUCAAUAUAAUCGAUUCAAUUGAUGCUCACGUUUCAUUACAAAUGAGUAGCCAAUGGCUCCACAGACAUACAUCAGCGAUUCCAUCGGAUUUAUACGACGUUGCUGUUACGAUGACAAAAAACCAACUGUACAUGAGAAACGAGAGAACUGGCGCUUAUGAUGAAUAUAUUUUUGGUCGUGCAUGGAUUAGCGGAGCUUGUAAAAAAAAUAAUGAAUAUGGUGAUCAGAGAUCUGCGGUUAUGCACGAUGAUGGAGCUUACGGAGGAAUUCAUACUGCAGCUCAUGAAUUGGGACACUUGCUAGGAGCUAUUCAUGAUGGUACUGAUCAUAGAGAAUGCCCGAAGCAACUGGGUAACAUAAUGGCUGGUGCACCAAUUUUGGAUUCAGACAAUUCGUACAAUUGGUCUCCGUGCAGUUUGAAUGACUUAUCUAAUUUCUUCCGCCGUAGUGACGCCUCGUGUCUUUACAAUAAACCGACACCAGGCAGAGAACUACCGAGAUUGUUACCUGGUAAAAUAUUGAACGCAGAUAGACAGUGUUCAAUAAUUAAUAGGAACACGGUAGCUAUGGUUACUCCUCAGAUUUGUAAGAGAUUGACGUGUCUUGAUCUACAAACCAAUAGGCCUUACACGGAUUGGGGCUGGACGGCUGCUGAUGGUACUGAUUGUGCUCGAGGAAAAAUAUGUCUCUAUGGAGAUUGCGUUGAUGAAAAUGUAAUAGGAUAA